AUGGCAAGCAACGCGCAGCAAUAUGAAGCGGAUGGCGACGCGGUGAUGCAUUCGGCGCACCAACCAUACGAAGAGACCAUCCGACAGCGUUGUCUCGAGAGCAAGGAGCGACCCGAGACUGCGAUGAAGCCCGUAAAAUCGUCGAUUCACCGAAAGUUGCUGGAGGUGAUCUGUCUCUACGAGCUGCGGAAGGCAGUUGACGACGUUAGUAAUGAGGAGAUCCUCAUACUGAUCAACCAACGUAUCGGCACCGUGAAGAAUGAGCAAAUACCUGAUCUUGACGAGCUCUUCAAGAGGAAGUUGAAGAUCAACCUCGCCGAGGAUGAUAUUGACGCUCGGGUGCUGAAGUAUUAUCGAGAUUUCGCCACCAUUAUAGAGAAUAAUGGGCUGGAGAAGAUUCUCGGUGUCGGAAACCCUGAAGCACAGGGGUUUGCCGACCGCAUGAAAAUGCGCUGCAGUAUUUUGAUCGACAACCUCGAACCGAGAAUGGCCAAGAAAACGAUUUCAUGCUCUUCAAUAUCAUUAAGGAGAAGGCAAGGGCACAGCACAAGUAUCAUUUGCUGGCGAUGGAGCAGAAGGUAA